AUGCUCGAACUGUCGGGACAAAGGGCGCUGGAGAGAAUCUUGCAGCAAGCAAGCCAGGAGCAAGGCCGAUCGCCUGAAAGCCGAGGCGGACCAGAGCCAGAACACUAUUUACGUCUUCGAUCUGUCGCGCAACGCUGCUCACUCUGGACUAAUCGGGCGAGCUCUAGUGCCAGUGUCUUUGCAUUGGUGCGGAAUCAUUGGGGCUGGGACAACGACGGUGACCUAGAACUCGUCGUGGGGAACGGGGACGGCGAGGUGGUGCACUUCGAGCGGCUGGCGGGCGAGCGCCUGGCCCAGCGCCUCGGGAUGGAGAGCCCCUGCUAUGGCAUCAGCGUGACGUCUGAGGUCUAUUACUCUGAUGAUGUUGAGUCCCAGCCGGUGGACAAGGACAACGGCCGCGACCUGAACCUUGUGGUGGGCAGCGGGACGGCGAGGUGGUGGUGA